AUUAGACAAAGUCUGUCGAUCAAUGUAGGUUCGAAACAUUUUACAGACUAGUCGGCUUCCGUAAGCGAUACCGUAAUGAAUAUUAAUUUGGUCAUUCUAUUGUCGUUACUGUCCAUUUCGAAUGGAUAUAAGAUUCUAUUUCUGGUGCCGUUUCCUGGACCAAGCCAUUGGUUUUCAUUGCAGAGCUUUGUCAAAGAAUUGGUUAACCGGGGUCAUCAUGUGACCGCAAUCGUAAACAAACCAAUUACUGCGUUCAAGUCACCUAAUUACACGGAAAUUUUGAUUAAUCCUCCCUUUGAUCUAACAACAGUUUUCUCCUACACGGACAUAUACGACAGCCCGGAAGAUUCAAAUUUUGAGAAAGUGCGAGCAUACGAAAGAAUUUGCACACCGUCUAGUGAACAUGGUCUGAACAAUUCGAAUGUGCAGAAGAUCAUUCACAGCCAAGAUUUGCACUUUGACCUGGUAAUCAACGAGGAAAUGUUCCACGAGAGUUGGCUUAUGUUUGCAUAUAAAUUUAACGCACCCGUCGUCACCAUUUCCACUUAUGGAUAUUCAGACUUCUUCGAUAGUGCCAUGGGCCUGCUGACACCCAUCUCACAUGUUCCACACAUGCUUCUUCCAUACGGAGAUGAGAUGACUUACUCUCAACGCGUAUUUAAUGUCAUAUUAACGGUAUAUGAUCGGCUGUAUCGUACUUGGGUCACGAUUCCAAUACAAAAUGGAAUCGCACAACGUUACUUUGGCCACUUGGCUAAACCAGGACAGCCACUGCCAAAGGUCGAAGAAUUGUAUCGAAAUAUUUCGCUAAUAUUAGUGAACAGUCACCGGACCACUUCAAAACCCCGCCCACAAAUGCCGGGUGUUGUGUAUGUAGGUGGUGCACAUAUCACACCAGCGAAACCCUUACCAGCCACAAUACAAGAGUUCAUUGAUAAUUCAGAGCAUGGUGUCAUUUUGUUCAGUUUGGGAUCGUUGCUACAAAGUUCCCAACUACCAGAAGCUAAAAUUCAACUGUUUUUGAAAGUAUUCAGCCAGCUCAAACAACGUGUGAUUUGGAAGUAUGAAGAUGAAUCGCUUGAAGUACCGCCAAAUGUGCUGAUUAAGAAAUGGUUGCCACAAAGCGAUAUCUUGGCUCAACCGAAUGUCGUGCUAUUUAUCACACAUGGAGGAAUGUCUGGCACCUUUGAAGGAACGGCUCGCGGAGUGCCAAUGCUUUUCAUUCCAUUUUUUGGCGAUCAAAAACGCAAUGCUUUAAAAUCGGCAUCCAAUGGAAACGGACUUUUGUUAACAUUUUAUUCCAUAUCGGAAGAUUCGCUAUCGGCAACAUUAGACGAAUUGCUGUCAAAUAGCAAAUACAACAGCCGUGCUAAAGAAUUGGCACGAAACUUUAAUGACAAUUUAGUGCAUCCGAUGGAUGAAGCAAUGUUUUGGAUUGAAUAUGUAAUCCGAUCGAACGGAGCGAAACAUUUGAAAUCCAGUGCAGUGAACAUGUCAUUGUUUUCCUAUCUAUUGUUAGACAUUUUAGUGAUUCCAAUUGCAGUUCUUUGGAUUGUCUAUUUGCUCGUAAAAUUGUUGCUGAGCGUAAAGAAGUUGAAGAGCAACGAUGAACCUCGCGAUGAACAAGGAGUAACAAGAAACAAGAAGACAAAAUAAAAGUAAAUCAUGAGUGUG